ACUGACUCUGAAAUAAUCUGAUUUAUCUUGCUUUAAAUUAUUCGGAUAAGUGGAAGAAGAAGAUCGAUGGAUUACGGAGACGACGAUCGUAGUACCUCAUGGAAUUGGCAAGUGGAUAACUACAAUCACCAACCACAGUCUCAUUUCUCGGAUGUGCCUGAUUGCACGAUGACUGAAGUUACACUAAACCAAGAAGAUCACUCGUACAUGUUUGAUGAUGAAACUACUCCAGUGAAAGCAUGUAGCGAGUUGGGUUAUCAUGUCACAACAGAGGACACGAACAGGAAAAUGGAAGUGCAUAGUGAGACACGCUCUGCUUUAAAGAGGCGUAGGAUGUUGCAGUUCGAAGACCAACCUGAAACAUCCCUUUUCAGCAGUGAGAGUUUCUCUGCAAUCUUAAAGUCAAGCGCCAGAGAUGAGACAUUUGAUGAGCUUUUACCCGAAGGGUCUCAGCUUAUAGAAGGGUUUUCAGAAGACGCUUCUGCCUCUAGCUUUGAGGGCCUUGAUCUGUAUGCUGAAGAGUGGUACGCUGAAUGCUUAAAUGAUGCUGAGACUCCAAUGCUACCUGAUGACUUAAGCUUUGGUUCCCCUGAUGUCCAAGUAGAUAUUUCAGAGUAUUUGAAUGUGCCACCAGAAACAGAGACCAGGGAAGUUCAGCGGCCUGUGACUCGAUCUUCUCCAAAUGUUAUCUUUAAAGGUCGGAAAUCUUUUUCAAGACCAGUGUCAAAGCUACCAUCUUCUAUCAUCUAUCCAUUUGCAUUCAUCAAACCAUGUGGUGUUCACGGUGGUAUGACUCUCAAGGACAUAAACCAGAAAAUCCGAAAUCCACCAGCGAAACCUAAACAACACAUAGAAGAGCCUGCAGUGAUCCAAACUUCAGCAUUCUCUGGGAAACCCGUUGUAGGGAAGACUAAAAUCCGCACCGAAGGAGGAAAAGGAAGCAUCACGAUAAUGAGAACGAGAGGCUAAAGCUAAGCUAAGUUAACGGCUAAAUACUCUUCAAGAUCUUAUUAUGAAUCAUGUUCUUGUUUCUUUUGGUAUCUGUAAUAUGAAAGAGACCUUGAAUCUGUUAGCCAUGUGGUAGGAUAUUUUUUGUUUGUAUAAAGUCUCUGGUUACCUGAAACUGAAUGCCAAAAACUCUGGUUGGACUGCUAUAUAAUGUAGAAGAAGCAAAUCUUGUUAUCCAUUGAGUUUUGUAGUUACAAGAAAUUGCAGUGAAACUA